AUGGUACAUUUAUGGCUUCGUGCUGAAACAAAAGCUGAUGAACAUCGAGCAGCUUUAACACCAAAUACAAGCAAACAAUUAAUUCAAAAUGGCUUUAAAAUCACAGUAGAAAAAUCUACGCAAC